CGCCGACGCGUCUGGGAACCAAAAACCCGCGGAGCGUUCUGACUUCAACACCGGACCACCUCACUCUCCCUUUUCUCAGGUUGGGGGUCUACAACAGAGAAUUUAACUUUUUAUUUUUUUUUUAUUUUUUAUUUGUUUUUGUUUCUUGAUCCAAGCCAAAGAAAUUCACCAGUCUCCUCUAUAGCUUCAUUCAUGCGCUGCUGAUCUUGGGGAGCUGACGAUGAAGAGCAGGCUGUUUCUGGCAGCGGCUGCCCUCCUGGCACUGCUGCUGUCCUCCUCUCAGGCCCAGAGUCAAGUCGACCCCCCAUCGGACUUGAGGUUUAAGAUUUUAAAUGAGAACACGGUGCAGAUGAUGUGGAGCAGGCCCCAGUCGAGGAUAGAGGGCUACAGAAUACAAGUGACCUCGGAUGCAGAAGAACCAGCGAAAGAAUUUACUCUGCCUGGAUCUGCCACUAAGACCUCCAUCUCAGACCUGACUCCAGAUGUGGAUUAUACCGUAACAAUAUCUGCGUACGCUGGAUCAGAGGAGAGUCUGCCCAUGACCGGCCAGAUCACACUCGAGUCAAGUGGGAGCUCAAGAGGAACAUCCAGGAAACCAGACGCUUCAGAUUCAGUCAAAUGCUCUUUCAGCGCCAUCGCCGACGUGGUGUUCUUGGUGGAUGGCUCCUGGAGUGUUGGCAAGCAGAACUUCAAAUACAUCCGUAACUUUAUCUCAGCGACGGCCGGCGCCUUUCAGAUUGGAGAGGACAAAACCCGAGUGGGCGUGAUCCAAUACAGCAAUGACGUACGGCCAGAGUUCAGCCUAAACACACACUUCACCCGACCGUCGCUGCUCCGGGCCAUUGGCUCGCUGCCAUACAAAGGAGGAGACACUAGGACAGGUGAUGCCCUCGACUACGUUCUUAAAACCGCUUUCAGUGAGGCGGCCGGCGCCAGGAAGGAUUUUCCCAAAGUGCUGGUGAUCAUCACAGAUGGCAAAUCUGAGGAUCCAGUGGAGAUCUACGCCAGGCAGCUCAGGAGCAGGGGGGUGGAGAUCUUUGUCCUCGGUAUCCAACAGGCUGACGAACAGGAGAUGAAACUGAUGGCCUCCACUCCUCACAGAAGUCAUAUCUAUAGUGUUGCCGACUUUGACUCAAUCAAGAAUGUGCAGAAAGAGUUCAUCACUCAGAUGUGCGCUGGUGUCGACGAUCAGCUCAGCUCACUCGUCAGCGGACUAGAAGUUGUCGAGCCAGCCUCUAACCUCCAAGUCCUGGAGACGGCAUCAAAGUCCAUACGGGUGACCUGGGACGCCUCUAUUGGAGAGGUUACAGGGUACAAGGUGCAGAUGAUCCCCAUGAUGACCGGCAGCAAGAGGCAGGAGCUGUAUGUCGGCCCGGGCCAGACAUCGGUGGUGGUCAGAGACCUUUCUCCAGAUACAGAGUACCAGAUCAAUCUGUAUGCCCUGAAGGGCCUGAUGCCCAGUGACCCCAUCAUGACCAUGCAGAAGACACAGCCAGUUACAGUAUCGCUGGAAUGUUCUCUUGGCGUGGAUGUUCAGGCCGAUGUUGUGCUCCUCGUUGAUGGUUCCUACAGUAUUGGUCUGGCUAACUUUGCUAAAGUAAGAGCUUUCCUGGAGGUGCUGGUGAACUCCUUUGACAUCGGGGCAGAUAAGGUUCAGAUCAGCUUGGUCCAGUACAGCAGGGACCCUCACACCGAGUUCUACCUGAACACUCACCAUGACCUGGCCGCCGUAGUCAAGGCUGUGAGGACUUUCCCUUACCGUGGCGGUUCAACCAACACCGGCAGGGCCAUGACCUAUGUGAGAGAGAGGAUCUUUCAGGCCUCCAGAGGGGCCCGUGCCCACGUUCCUCGUGUCACCAUCCUCAUCACUGAUGGGAAGUCAUCCGACGCCUUCCGGGAUCCAGCCACCAAGCUGAGGAAUUCUGAUGUGGAGAUCUUUGCGGUGGGUGUCAAGGAUGCUGUACGAUCAGAGUUGGAGGCCAUCGCCAAUAAGCCUGCUGAGACCCAUGUGUAUACCGUAGAGGACUUCGAUGCCUUCCAGAGAAUUUCCAAAGAACUCACACAGUCCAUCUGCCUGAGGAUCGAGCAAGAACUUCGCAACAUCCAACAGAGACGACUGGUCCAGCCAAGGGACCUGUCCUUCUCAGAGGUCGGCUCCAGAAGCUUCAGGGCCUCCUGGGAGAUUGACGCCACCAACGUCAAGUCCUAUUUGGUUAAGUUCAAGGCAGCAGAUGACACUGAUGGGCAUUAUGUGUCCAUGUCUGUGCCUGGGGACACGCUCUCCACCAUCCUCCCCCACCUCAACCCACUCACCCGCUAUGAGGUCAACGUUCAAGCUCAGUAUGAGAAGGCAGACAGUUUGCCUGUAACCGGCUAUGAGACCACAUUAGAAGAACUUGGCCCUGUGCAGAACCUCAGAGUAUCCGAAGAGACCACAGACAGCUUUAGAGUAUCAUGGCAGCCAGCUCCAGGAGCUGUCACUCAUUACCGGUUGACCUAUGAACCUGUCGGGGACGACAGCUCGAUGAUGGAGAAGACAACGGUUGGCCCAGAGACAACGACUGUGCUGCAGGAACUUAAGCCUAAAACCACCUACCGCGUCACUGUUAUUCCUGAGUACCAGUCCGGCUCUGGAAUGCCGCUGCAGACUGAAGGCACCACCAAAGAAGCCAAGGGCUCCCCUCGCGACCUGAGGGUUUUUGACCAAACCGAGUCCUCCAUGAAAGUCUCCUGGGAGCCAGCACCAGGGAAUGUGCAACAGUACCGGCUGUCAUACCGACCAUCCGCUGGUGGCCCCAAGAAGGAAAUGUCUGUGAAAGGUGACAGCACUGCCGCCCUUCUGAAGAACCUGCAGCCAGGCACUCAGUACGACAUCUCUGUCAGUGCACGAUACCCGUCUGGACUGGGUGACCCCCUGGAAGGACAGGGCACCACGCUAGAAGAGGUGGGCCCACCUAAAAACCUGGUCACCAGUGACGUGACAGACACCAGCUUUGCUGCAUCUUGGACGGCAGCACCCGGGGUAGUGAAGAUGUAUCAGGUUCGUUGGAAGUCGCUGUUCUCCGAGGAGGCUGGAGAGAAAAUGGUGCCAGGAGAUGUCACCAACACAGUGCUGGAAGGUCUGACUCCAGAAACGCUCUACCAAGUUUCUGUCAUCGCUGCUUACGGUCACAAAGACAGCGACCCACUCACUGGACAGGAAACCACUGAUGCCUCUGCUGCUGGUAAACAGUUGACUGUAUCAGAUGAGACUGAGCAUACCAUGAAAGCCACAUGGACGCCAGCACCAGGCAAGGUGAGCCACUACCGGCUGAAAUACGUUCCCAGUGCUGGAGGGAAAGAAGUGGCCCUGAAGAUCCCAGGAAUAUCCACUACCAUGAAGCGCCUGCAACCCAAAACCACUUACAACAUCACUGUUCACCCAAUCUACAAGCGCAGGGAAGGAAAAGCAAGGCAAGGAGUAGGAACGACACUGUCACCCUACAAGGCUCCCAGAAACCUCCAGACCUCAGAGCCCACCAAAACCAGUUUCAGAGUCACCUGGGAUCCAGCACCGGGAGAUGUCAGGGGCUACAAAGUGACGUUUCACCCCUCAGGGAAUGAUGUUGACCUCGGGGAACUCCUUGUCGGUCCCUAUGAUAGCACAGUUGUUCUAGAGGAACUCAGGGCAGGAACAAAAUACUCAGUUGCUGUUUUUGGGAUGUUUGACGGAGGGGAGAGUAUGCCACUGGCAGGAGAGGAGAAGACGACCCUCACUGAGAUUCCUAACAAUGAUCCGCCUAUUUCUACUGACGCUCAGCAGUGUAAGACCACAGCCAAGGCCGACAUCGUGCUGCUGGUCGACGGCUCCUGGAGCAUCGGACGCAUCAACUUCAAAACCAUCCGCAACUUCAUCGCUCGCAUGGUCAGCGUGUUCGACAUCGGCCCUGACCGAGUCCAGAUUGGUCUGGCUCAGUACAGUGGAGACCCAAAGACAGAGUGGCACCUGAAGGACCACCCGACCAAGGAGUCCCUGCUAGAUGCCAUUGCCAACCUGCCAUACAAAGGAGGCAACACCAUGACAGGAAUGGCUCUGAAUUACAUCCUUCAGAACAACUUCAAAGCCAGUGUAGGACUGCGUCCAGACUCCAGAAAAAUCGGUGUCCUGAUCACUGAUGGAAAGUCGCAGGACGAAAUCGUCUUCAACUCACAGAACUUGAGAGACAGCGGCAUCGAGCUCUAUGCAAUCGGUGUGAAGAAUGCAGAUGAGAACGAGCUGAGGUCCAUCGCCUCUGACCCUGAUGAAAUUCACAUGUACAACGUCAAUGACUUCCAGUUCCUGCUGACCAUCGUGGACGACCUCACAGUCAACCUGUGUAACAGCGUCAAGGGUUCAGUGGAAGAACUGGAGGCACCCACUGACCUCGUGACAUCUGAGGUCACCCACCACUCCUUCCGUGCCACCUGGACGGCACCCGCCGGCCCUGUUGAAAAGUACCGUGUCACAUAUGCACAAGUUGCCGGAGGACCCACCCUGGAGCUGCUGGUCGACGGGUCAGUGACGACUGCCGUGCUUGAAGGCCUGACCCCUCUGACAGAGUACAUUGUCAACGUUUACUCUGUGACUGGCGAGGAGAGCAGCGAGCCUUUGAAGGGCACCGAGACCACCUUGCCACUGUCAGCUGCAAAGAACAUGAUUGUUUAUGAUGAGACCUCCAGCACAAUGAGGGUGAGAUGGGAGGAGGCAGCUGGUGCCACAGGCUACAUGCUCCGGUACAAAUCCAUCAACGCUACUGAGCCUCAGGUGGAGGGGGAGGAGCGUGUUGGAGGAGAUAUAACUAGCGUCCAGCUGGUGCAGCUCAUACCCAACACAGAAUACUCCAUAUCACUUUAUGCCUUGCAUGGAGAAGCUGCCAGUGACCCUCUAGAGGGGACAGGAGUCACAUUGCCCAUGCCUCCUGCUGGAGUCCUGAGAAUCACUGAUGUUACUCACAGCGCCAUGAAGCUCAAUUGGGAUGCUGCUCCUGGAGCGGUCCGCAAGUACAUCAUCACCUACAAACCAGAGGAGGGAGAACUGAAAGAGGUUGAAGUCGAAGGUGGCAUCACCACCCUAGAUCUGACCAGCCUCAUCUCCCAGACUGAGUACGAUGUGGCCGUCACCCCAAUCUAUGAUGAGGGACCUGGAUCACCCAUGCUCGGAAAUGCUAUCACAGAUGUAGUUCCAGCUCCAAAGAACCUGCAGUUCUCCGAGGUGACCCAGUCCUCCUUCAGAGCCACCUGGGACCAUGGAGCCCCAGAUGUGGCCCUCUACCGCAUUGGUUGGACCAAGAAGGGGGAGACCAACUUCCAAUUUGCCAUCCUGAACAAAGAGGAGAAUAGUCACGUCCUGCAGAACUUGGAUCCCGAUACUGAAUACUCCGUUACUGUCACAGCCAUUUACCCUGAUGAGUCAGAGAGCGAGGACCUGAUAGGAAGCGAGCGCACAUUGUUGAAGGAUAUAUUGCCUCCCGAGCCUCCUCGAAACUUGAGGGUUUUCAACGCCACCACCUCCUCGCUGUCUGUGAAAUGGGACGCCGCCCCUGGCCCCGUCCAGAACUAUAGGAUCACUUACAAGCCUGUCGCUGGAGGCGAGCCUCUUGUGACACAGGUCGGAGGGAAGAAGACCAGCGUUGUCCUGCAGAAGCUGGACCCCGAUACUCAGUACUCUGUCAGUGUGGCCGCCAUCUAUCCCACCGCAGUCAGCAAAGACAUCUCCAGCGAAGGGAAAACCAAGCCUCUUGGUGGAGUGAAGAACCUGCAGGUGUUGAACCCCACCAUGACCACCCUGAAUGUGCGCUGGGAGCCAGCCGAGGGCAGAGUGAAGGAGUACAAAGUCAUUUAUGCCCCCGCUGCCGGAGGGGCUGAGAGCAUGGUAGGACUGGAAACAGUGUCUGCAGGCACAACCAACACCCUCCUGCGAGGACUGACACCGGACACCCUUUACACUGUCUCUCUGGUGCCAGUUUACGCUGCAGGAGAUGGAAAGACAAUGUCUGAAAACGGAAAGACAAGGCCACUUGGAGGAGUGAAGAACCUGAGGGUGACGGACCCCACCAUGACUUCUCUGGCUGUGAACUGGGACCCGGCUGAUGGAGCUGUUCGCCUCUACAAGGUCUUCUAUGUGCCAGUUGAAGGUGGCCUGGAGGAGAUGGAACAGGUUCCUACAGGCACCACCUCCAUCAUCCUCAGGAACUUGUUGCCCGACACACCAUACACAGUGUCUGUGUUGCCAGUCUACCCUGCCAGGGAGGGAAAACGCCAGUCUGAGAAUGGAAGGACAUUGCCUCUGAGUGGAGUGGGCAACAUGAAGGUGACAAAACCUACCAUCACAACUCUCACUGUCACCUGGAAUCCUGCUGACGGCAAUGUUCAGGGCUACAAGGUGAUCUACGUUCCUGCUGAUGGAGGACUGGAGAUUGUGGAGCAAGUGUCAGAGAGCACCACCACAACCGUCCUGGAGAAGCUCCUACCAGAUACACGCUACUCUGUCACCGUGGUCCCUGUGUAUGCAGAGGGAGAUGGACCAAGCCUGUCCGACACAGGGAAGACAAGGCCACUGGGUUUUGUGAGGAACCUGCAGGUUACCGAUCCCACCACCAGCACCCUGAAUGUCCGCUGGGAGCCCGCUGAGGGAAAUGUACGCGAGUACAUUGUGAUCUGGGUGCCCACUGCUGGAGGAGAUCAGGAUGUGGACCAGGUGUCUGGAACCACCACCUCCACCGUCCUAAAGAACCUGGAGCCAAACACAGAGUACACUGUCACCCUUGUGCCUGUUUACCAUGAGAUGGAGGGAAAAUCACAAGCUGCAAAUGGGAAAACAAAUCCUUUGGGUGGAGUGAAGAACUUGCAGGUAAUCGACCCCACCAUCAACACUCUGACGGUCCGUUGGGAUCCAGCCGUGGGCAAUGUCCGCAGCUACAAGGUCUUCUACACAGCUGAACCAGGAGGAGAAGAGCGAAUGGAGGAGGUGUCAGCAGGCACCACCAGCACCAUCCUGAGGAACUUGGAUCCCAACACCGUCUACAACGUGGCUGUUGUUCCCAUCUAUCCCGACGUGGAGGGCAUACGAGAAGCCGAGAAGGGAAAGACAAAGCCUCUGGGUGGAGUGAAGAAUCUGAAGGUAACCGACCCCACCACCAACUCCCUCAGGGUCCGCUGGGAGCCGGCCGAUGGUGAUGUCAGGCAGUACCAGAUUAUCUACGUCCCUGCUGCUGGAGGAACCGACAGCAUGACUCAGGUAUCUGGGAUGUCAACUAACGCAGUGCUGAGAGACCUGCAGCCGGACACCGAGUACAAAGUGACACUGGUGCCUAUUUACUCUGACAUGGAGGGAAAACGCAUGUCGGAGAACGGAAAGACAAAGGCUCUGGGCGGAGUGAAGAAUCUGCAGGUCACUGAUCCCACCACCAGCUCCCUGAAGGUGCGGUGGGAGCCGGCGGAGGGCAAUGUUCGCCAGUAUCGCAUCUUCUAUAUUCCUGCAUCUGGGGGAGCAGAGGACAUGGAGCAGGUGUCAGGCGGCACCACCAACACCAUCCUGAGGAACCUGCUGUCAGACACUCCCUACACUGUGACCGUGGUUCCAGUUUACCCAGAGGGAGAAGGUCUGCGCCAGUCUGACAAUGGAAAGACACUCCCACGCACGCCACCCAGGAACAUCCAGGUGUACAACCCCACCCCCAACAGCCUGAACGUGCGCUGGGAGCCCGCCUCAGGCCAGGUUCAGCAGUACCGGGUGGCUUAUGCACCCCUGUCCGGAGCCAGACCUGCCGAGUCGGUCCUGGUUCCUGGAAAUAUUAACAAUGCCUUCCUGGACAACCUGAUCCCAGACACUCCCUACUCAGUCACUGUCUCGCCUUUGUACGCUGAUGGAGAGGGAUCGCCUGUCAAAAGCAACGGCAAAACACUGCCGCGCGCUGGUCCAAGAAACAUGCGUGUGUUUGAUGCCACCACCAGCACCCUCACUAUCGGCUGGGACCAUGCCGAGGGUCCUGUGAGACAGUACAGGAUCGGCUACGCCCCCAUGACCGGAGACCCCAUCACAGAGUUUACUGUGGUUCCAGGAAACAGAAACAACGCCAGACUGCAGAAUCUGAUCCCCGACACCCCGUACAACAUCACCGUAGAGGCCAUCUACGCAGAGGGCCCUGGAGGGAACCUCAAUGGAAACGGACGUACAGUUGGCCUGUUGAGUCCCAGAAACCUCCGGAUCUCUGACGAGUGGUACACCAGAUUCAGAGUGGCCUGGGACCCAGUGGCAGCUCCUGUCCAGGGAUACAGACUGACAUACACUCCUACAGGAAGCACAGAACAGCCAAUAGACCUCUUUGUGGGUGACGUGUCCUCCUACACUCUGCACAACCUGCAGCCUGGAACCACCUACGAUGUGAACGUGGUGGCUCAGUACACCGGGGGCGUGAGCACACCUCUGGAUGGACAGGGAACAACACUCUACCUGAAUGUUACAAACAUCGAGACAUACAAUGUCGACCACGACAAGUUCUGCAUCAAGUGGGCUCCUCACAGGGCGGCAACAUCGUACCGCAUCAAACUCAACCCUGUGGACCCCUCCAGUAAAGGACAGCAUGAGAUCACAAUCCCUGCUGGGCUACCUCAGUAUUGCUUUGAUGGACUCUCUCCUGACGCUCUGUACACCGCCACCGUCUUCGUCCAGACCCCGAAUCUGGAAGGUCCAGGGGUCAGCACCAAGGAGAGAACAUUGGUGAAGCCAACUCCAGUUCCAACACUCCCGCCAACACCAACACCUCCACCCACCAUCCCUCCAGCAUGGGCAGUGUGCAAAGGUGCCAAAGCAGAUGUAGUGUUCCUCAUCGACGGCUCCUGGAGUAUUGGCGAGGAGAGCUUCACCAAAGUCGUGCACUUCGUCUACAGCAUGAUCGGUGCCUUCGAUGUGAUUGGCCCCUCAGGAAUGCAGGUGUCAUUUGUGCAGUACAGCGAUGACGCAAAGACAGAGUUCAGGCUGAAUGCUUAUCGAGACAAAGGCAUCGCCAUGUCAGCUCUUCAUCACAUCCGCUACAGAGGAGGAAACACCAAGACAGGAGUGGCUCUCAAACACACUUAUGAGAAGGCCUUUUCUAUUGAAAAUGGAAUGAGGAGGAAUGUCCCCAGGGUGGUCGUGGCAAUCACUGACGGACGCUCUCAGGACGAAGUGAAGAAGAAUGCUGCCAAGCUGCAGCACGCAGGUUACAGUGUUUUUGCCAUCGGUGUUGCUGAUGUGGAUUUCGUGGAGUUGCAGGCGAUCGGCAGCAAACCCAGCGAAAGACACGUCUUUGUUGUGGACGACUUUGAUGCUUUCGACACCAUCAAAGAAAACCUGAUCACCUUCAUUUGUGAAACUGCAACAUCAACGUGUCCCUUAAUUUUCCUGAAUGGAUUCACUUCCCCUGGCUUCAGGAUGCUGGAGGCGUUCAACCUGACAGAGAAGACCUACAGCUACGUUAAAGGCGUUUCUAUGGAGACAGGCUCCUUCAACAGCUACACAGCGUACAGACUCCACAAGAACGCCUUCCUAAGUCAGCCCACAACAGACAUCCACCCUGACGGUCUCCCUCACGCCUACACCAUCAUCCUGAUGUUCCGUCUCCUGCCCGACUCACCCACCGAGGCCUUCGAUAUCUGGCAGGUGUCAACUAGCGAUCACAAGCCAGAGACCGGCGUCACUCUGAACCCCUCCAGCAAGACCGUGUCCUUCUACAACAAAGACGAGCGCGGUGAAAUCCAGAGGGUCACGUUCGACAAUGAUCAAGUGAAGAGAAUCUUCCAUGGGAGCUUCCACAAGCUCCAUAUCCUGGUAUCCUCCACCGGCGUCAAACUCAACAUCGACUGCCAAGAAGUGGCUGAAAAGGAGAUCAAGGCUGCCGGAAACACAUCUAGCGACGGCUACCAGGUCCUUGGCAAGAUGUCCAAGUCCAUUGGCUCCAAGGGAGAAUCAGCAACUUUCCAACUCCAGAUGUUCGAUAUUGUCUGCAGCCUGGGCUGGACCAGCAGGGACAGAUGUUGUGACCUCCCAUCAAUGAGAGAUGAGCUGAAGUGUCCGUCUCUUCCCAACUCCUGCACCUGCACCUCAGAGCCCAACGGGCUGCCAGGGCCUCAGGGACCAGUGGGUGCCCCCGGCAGCAAAGGUCCUCGAGGUGAGAGAGGAGAAGCUGGUCCUGCUGGACCGAUCGGCCCACGUGGAGAUAACGGACCACCGGGGCCCAUGGGUCUGCCCGGCCCUCAAGGACCCAGCGGGCUGUCAAUUCCUGGAGAGGCUGGCCGUCCUGGACCAAAGGGAGAUGCCGGUGACUCUGGCUUACCUGGACAGAAAGGUUCACCUGGUCCUCCUGGAUCUGCUGGGCCGAUCGGAGCAGCUGGAGUGAGGGGCCCUCCAGGAAAGGAUGGCCCGGCUGGACCCAGAGGCCCCGCAGGGCCCAUGGGACCUCCAGGAUCUCCUGGAAUCCCAGGUGCUGCAGGAAAACCAGGAAACACUGGAGACUCUGGCGCACCUGGUGCUGUUGGUCCAAAGGGAGACAAGGGAGAGAGAGGUGACUUUGCUCCUCAGAACAUGAUGCGAUCGAUUGCCAGACAAGUUUGCGAGCAGCUAGUAAACGCACAAAUGACUCGUGUCAACACGUUACUUAACCAGAUCCCCAACGGCAUGUACCGCAGCAACAGCCCCGGCCCUGCAGGGCCCCCUGGAGCACCUGGUAGGCAGGGACCCCGCGGAGAGCCGGGCCCUGCAGGCAGGAAUGGUUUCCCCGGAAAUCCUGGCUUACCUGGUCAGCAGGGAGAGAGAGGUCCUGCAGGAGAGAAAGGUGAGCGAGGAGUGCAAGGAGUCGGACAGAAAGGACCAAGAGGACCUGCUGGUCCACCAGGAGAAAGCAGGACCGGAUCUACAGGCCCUCCAGGCUCUGCUGGACCCCGUGGUCCCCCUGGACGUCCAGGCUAUGCUGGAGUCCGCGGGCCUCCCGGACCUCCUGGAUACUGUGACUCUUCUCAGUGUGUUGGCAUUCCUUACAACGGCCAAGGUUACGUAGGUUCACCAUAGUAGACUUUCUAUGCCGCCUGUGCUGCUUUCACUGACUUCCUGAAAACAAAAGUCCUGUAACUGAAACACUUGCUCACACGCUCUAGAGCUGUUUAAAGGAUAAACGCCAAAGGAAACCAUUAACAAACUUUGCUGAAAAAACAACACAACAACAAAGAGGGAAACCAGUACUAACAACGACUCACAGCCAGUAGAACAAACCCCACCAGCAGCAGCGGUGAUGGCACCCACCUGUUUUAGUGGCCUGUUUGCAUCUUGAAGCCAAAGACCAAACAAAGAAGCGUUGUGUUCAGUGGAGGAGCAUGCACCAAACAACAACAACAAACAACCCAAACAAAUACUAACAAAGGUGGAUCUGUAACAGAGCAACAACUACCACAGCAGCACCAGCACCACCAGCAGCAACAACUCUGUUAACAGUGACGUGUGUAAAUAAACUAAUUUGUGCCUUGUAAAUGAUGUUUGAAUCAAGUCCACUAAAUUUAGUUUUUAACAUCUGUAUUUUGAAAGCUUGUGCCUUGCAAACAACAACCUGCUGCUUGCUGAAUGCCAACAAAAACGCCUCUUUUUUUAUUUUCCUGCCCAUGUGUUUGUAGCUGUUUAAACUGCUCAGGGCCAGACUGAACCACUCCUGCACAUGUGACCCCCCGAGGUUUAGAUUCACCACUUCAUGUAUGAUAACAGAAUCCAGCUUAAACACCUGUACUGUAUGUCACUAAAAUUGCAAUUAACAAAGUUUUUCCAGGCUGUUGGUAGACUAACCUGAUUUUUUUUAAAUGGAGAAAUGUUUUGUUGUUCUGUUUUGUAAUGGAAAAGUUUUCUCAUGGAGAAAUGACAGCGUUUACUGACUAAAAUUUGGACUAACAUCAGAACUUCUAACAAUGAUGGAAAGGGAAAAGCACUGAAUUGUUCAUCAGGGGCGUGUUCAAAAAAGUCUUGGGUGACAGCCAAUUGGUCUACUGGAUUGCCAAUCAUCAAAGUGUAAGUGCUUCUUUGAAGGUUAAAGAUAUAUUAUACUAGCAUCAAUACUUCAAAAUGUUCUGCUUUUGCAAACAGAAUCCUGAAAUAUAAGGACUCUUAGCUGAUUUGUACUAUGACUGUACUGCGGAAGUUUCAAUUUAUCAUGACCGACCUACAAGCACCAAUAACUGCUUCGUAACAUCUUGUUAUACCCCUUUUCCACUUGUCAAAAAUCCCACUCCCACUCAAAAAUCUGUCUACUGCAGAGUCAAUUAUCACCUCUGCUCGGCUUUUAUCUCAACGUAAGACCCAGGUGAAUACGCCAAAUUCAGACUUAUUUCCUGCCCUGCAAAGUGGUGACGCGCAAUCAACAUCUGGUGUUUGUACUUAAAAAGGAAGGAAUUUGGGAUACAGCAGUGAUGUUUUAUUAUAUCUGUACACAGCCUUGAAGACAGAGGGCUAUUCAGUCUUAUGAAAGCUGCUCGGUGGUGUUUUGAAGCCACACCAUGCCAUUUUUUAGCAGCUUGAUCCGCAUUUAAAAAACCUGUGUAGAACCACUAACUUUGGUGGAAAAGCGGCAUUAGUUUCACAAAAAGCUUCAGCAUUCAGUUGUCAGAGUGAAAUUUGCAAAUUGUUCCAACAUCUCUUCAAAAAUACCCGAUCUUGUCACAAACACGACUGGAAAAUGUCCCUGCGUCUAUAUCCUGUGGUUUCACACUUACAGUGACACAAACAGUAGUCUCUGGCUUGGCAGCAUUCCUGUCUAGUGUCAUUUGAGCCAAGCUAACUUAGUCAAGAUACAGAUGUUAGCUUUGUUUGUUAGCUCAAUUAAGUCAGUCCACAAAUAUCAUUCCUCCCCUUCAGGGCAAGCAUUCACACACUACCUGGCAAAAACUAAGGGGAAAACAUGUACUGUACCUCCUGCUGUAUGACAUGAGACAUUCUCAAACAUCCCCAAACCACUGUGGACACGCCCCUGCUGUAUACUAACCAUCAGUGCUUUAGCCAGUUAACCCUCUCUUUUUGUGCAUGCUGAGAAACUCAGAAUUUGUGUGCUCAAUUGGCCCAAACGCUAUCUCCAAGCAGGCCAAUUCCCUCCUGAACCCAACACCCGAGUAGUCCCAGUCCCCGCAGAGGAUGAAGUGUGGCAAAACCAGCGUCGAAAGAGAUCACUAUCAAGAAAGGCAUCCAAUAGGCCGACAUCAUAAACCGUGUUUCUCUUUUUCUUUUUUCCUUGUUCAACCUGUGUUUGUUGUUGGAUUUAUGCACAUUAUACACAAACAAAAUGGGGUUUGACACCUCGACUUUAUUGGAAAAGAUCUUUAAAUGCCUAAAAAAAUGUAUGUGAAUAUUCAUUGUCGUGGCAGGUGAAGGGAGUGGACGGACAGACAGAGGGAGGGAGUUUAGAGACGUAGCGAUUGAUUUUUAAAAAAGCGAAACAAAAAAAAUUGAAAAAGGAUCCAUGAAAAUAACCUGUGAGCUUUCUUUUUCCACUCGUGUCUUUUGCUUGUAACAUAUUUGCAUAAAGUUUGUAUUAACUAGCAGUGUUGAACAGUGCACUCAUUGUAACAAAGGUAAAGAAACAGAAAGAAAAUGUUUGUUCACAUCAGUGACAUCAGAUCUGUCACAGUUCAUCCACUCUGUUCAGUAUAAUCCUUCUCAUCCAGUGUUGUCUUCUACGGAGGUUCAGUUUCAUUAUGGCAGUUAAACACGGCUUUCAUUUUGUAUCUCUAGACUUAAUAUUUAUCAGUUUUCCUUUAUUCAGUCACAGCUAAUUUUAACAAACGUGGAAUUGCAUGUCUGUGGUGUAUAUUUAGUAAUGUUUUUGUUACAUUUCAUUUUGUCUUAACCAGAAUAUAGUUGUCAUUUUUGUCAUUUCUCUCAGUAUCAAAUGCAGUCAAAACCUGCGUGCAAGACUAUGGAAAUGGUGUUGCGGCUCCAUGUUUGAACUGCAGAUUGUGAAUUCCACAGCCUUAUUUUCUUAUUUAUUUCUGAAAAACAGAAGAGGCAUUUUUCAAUAAAACUACUGAAAAUUUA